AUGAAUUCAGACUCCAGCCAGAGCAGCAGAGCCUCUUCCCCGGACAUGGACGUCAUGUCACUCCGAGACCUCCAACAGCACCACCACCACCACCACCACCACCUCGUAGGCUCCUCCGUGUCCUCCUCCACGCAGAGCGCAGAGCUGCGUCAGAAGCUGAGCGCCAGCGAGCUCCUGAGGUCCGGAGACCCCAAGUCAGUAGGAAGCAGCAGCAGCAGCAGCAGCAGCAGCAGCAGCAGCAACAAGUUCAAGCUGAAGAAGCAAGUCAGCGAGGAGGACAUGUACCACCUCCGCCUCAAGAUCAACGGCCGGGAGCGCAAGCGCAUGCACGACCUCAACCUGGCCAUGGAUGGUUUGCGCGAGGUGAUGCCCUAUGCGCACGGGCCCUCGGUGCGCAAGUUGUCCAAAAUCGCCACCCUGCUUCUGGCCAGGAACUACAUCCUGAUGCUCAACAGCUCCUUGGAUGAGAUGAAGCGGCUGGUCGGGGACAUUUACGGAGGGCACAACUCAGCUUUCCACUGCGGCACCAUGGCGCACGGAGCCGGGGGAGGAGGUCACUCCGGGGGCCCCAUCGCCGCAGCAGCAGCAGCAGCAGCCGCAGCGCACCAGGUGCAUCCUCUCCUCGGCAGCGCACUGACGACCUCCACCUCCUCCACCCUGUCGAGCGCACUGCCGGGGCUCACCUCCAUCCGGGCUCCCCACGCCCUGAUGAAGGGCCCCUCGGCUGCUCCCCAGCACCUGCAGCUGGGCCCCGGCUUCCAGCAUUGGGCCGGACUGCCGUGUCCAUGCACCAUCUGCCAGGUGCCUCCUCCUCCUCCACACAUCCCCAUCAGCACCGCCGGCCUCACGAGACUCACAGUGGAGGGCAAAGACCUGAUGAAAUGA